UUGCUCAGGUGAGAGGCUUUCCUGGUAGGGGGGGGGGUGCUCAGAGUUCAUUGCCUGCAGAAUAAGUCUCUCAGUCAAAGUCAGUUAAACUGAAGCGGGUCAGACAUGAAAAAAUCGCAAAGUUUGUCAUUUGAAAGCUCUCUCCCCCCGCUGGACGAUGAUGUGGACUCAUGCUCCGACGAGCUGUUGGGCUCCCAGUCCCGCCGGUGGUUGGCGGACCUGCUGGCCGGGAACGUGUCGGCGGGGAGCGGGGACGUAGUCACGGCGGGCCAGGACGGGCUCUUCGUGGACUACCAGUUCCCCGUGGGAGAACUGGAGAUGCAGGCUGGGAUCACGUGGAAGAGACCGAAGGAGCUCUGUCCGUCGCCGCAGUUUAUAGUCAACGGAGCUUCCCGAUUGGACAUCCGUCAAGGAAAACUUGGUGACUGCUGGUUACUUUCUGCAAUAGCUUCUCUGUCGGUCCAUCAGCCUCUGCUCAAGAAGGUUGUACCUUUAAAUCAGAGCUUUGAGGAUGGAUACAACGGGAGCUUCACCUUCAGGUUCUGGCAGUACGGUCAGUGGGAGGAGGUGAAGAUCGACGACUUCCUGCCAACUCAAGGCAACAAUCUGAUCUACCUUAGUUCCCCAGAAAGGAACGAGUUCUGGAGCUCGCUGCUGGAGAAGGCCUACGCCAAGCUAAAAGGAGGCUACAGAGCCCUGGAUAUGGGCUUCCCUCAUGAGGCCAUGGUAGACAUGACGGGUGGGGUGGCGGAGGUUUUGAACAUUGCCUCUCUACCCAGAAACCUGCCAGACUUACUCAGACACAUGUUAGCCAAAGGAGCACUCAUCAACUGCGCCAACAGCCAGGGUCCUCUGGAGAAGAUGAAUGAACUGGGGAUCAUGUACAGACAUGCCUACUCUCUGACUGCUGUGGAGAAGGUGAAGACUACACAUGGCACCGAAGAUUUGGUGCGAAUCCUCAACCCAUGGGGGAACACAGAGUGGUUGGGUCCGUGGAGUGACCUGAGAGGUCCUGAGUGGAGCACGGUGAGCAUCGAGGAGCAGAGACAACUGGGCAGAGUCAGGCAGGAGGACGGGGAGUUCUGGAUGUCGAUCUCAGACUUCCGUCAGCACUUUGAGGUGAUGGAGGUGUGUCACCUGACCGACACUCUGAGUGGGUCGGGCUCCCACGUGCUGCCCUGGAGCUACGUCAUGCAUCAUGGGAAGUGGGUGCCAUCCAUCACAGCAGGAGGCUCUCCUCAGAGUGGUUUGUUCUGGCAGAACCCACAGUUUUAUUUUGUCCUGUCGGAGGUGGACAGUGAUCCCACCAACACUCAGAAGACCUGCUCUUUUGUUCUGGCUCUGAUGCAGAAAUACCAGAGACGCAAAGGCAUGCACCUCGCUAUUGCCCUGCAUAUAUUCCCGGCCCAUCCUCGCAACACACACCUGUCACGUGAGGACCUGCGUGUUUGCCGCCCAGUCCUCUACACCCAACAGUACUUCUCACGCCGAGAGGUUGUUCUCCGGGGGUCUCUUCCUCCAGGUCCCUACAUCAUCAUUCCUUCCACUGCAGAACCUAAUCAGCAGGGAGCGUUCCUCCUGAGGGUGCUGACAGAGCAGGGCAAUGCUGCCACUCCAGCUCACAAUCCAGUACCUCAAGAUGUCUCUUCAUUAACAGAGCCUUCAUUUCCUCACCAUGCUGCUCUUCCAUCACCUAAAUCCAUCAGAGAGCUGUACAAAAAGCACUGCAACAAGGAAGGAUUUUGCAAACCACAGCGUCUUUACAAUCUUCUGACUGAGGCCAUACAGGGAGGAGUGUUGGCUGGAAGUGAGAAGAACUUGGCUUUGGAGCACUGCAAGAGUCUGGUGGUCCUCAUGGAUAGCCAAGGCAUCGCUCGGCUGGACUGGUCUGAGUUUCAGACUCUGUGGGACAAGAUCAAGAGGUGGACGGACAUUUUCCUGGACUUUGACAAGAACAGGUCUCAGCGCCUUGAAUAUCAAGAAGUCGCCCCGGCUCUGAAGGCAGCAGGAAUCCAGGUGGAUGAUUUAGUGAUGCAGCUGGUUGGACUGAGAUACACAGAAUCCAACAUGACCAUCAGUUAUCCGGGCUUCCUGUACCUGGUGAUGAAGAUGGAGAGCAUGAUCCACAAAUUUCAGGCGUAUGACAUGAUGGGAAUGGGAACGGUGACCAUCAACUUCAGACAGUGGCUCCACAUGACCAUGUACAACUGACCUGAUCCAAGAUCCAAGAUUGGCUCAGCUGGUCUCUUUUAGUUUUCUCUUUAUAUCUUGGUUGGCACAGUCGAUAUCGUUGACCCUCACAGAGAAACUCCAGUUCUCAAAAUGUGAAAGCAGACAUAUGUAGUAGCCAUAAAUCCGGCCUUCUUAUACUGUUUAUUUUUUCCUCUUGUAUGUGAGCCUGUAGUUGAACAGAAGCAUUUACUCGAAUAAAAUAAAUAUAGAGAGAAUUUUUAUUUUUCAUGAUCCUGCAAGGAUGAGUAAAUUUUAAAAGAAAUAGAUUUCAGUUUUCUAUUUUAAGCAGGUGUUUUUUAGAUCAGCUGUGUGCAUGUCAGCAGCUCCUAUCAGGUUGAGGUGCGAUGACAAACAAAGGGCUGAGCCCCUGAAACAUAAAGGAGAACUUUUUCAGUCAUUGCUUUUCUAUUUUAGCAUAAAAAUAUAGAGAACUCAUUUGAAACAAGAAGAAAGCCUGAGUCAUUCAAGAACAGGCACUAAAUACAUCACAUAAAGUUUCAGAUUGUUUUCUUCUGCAGAAUCUGAGAAGUCUCAAAUCUUCUUUUAGCCCCCCUUUUUCUUGCGGAGGUAAGAUUCUCCUCUAGCGAUCAAGGACGAGGGGUCGUCCAGAUAAAUGAUUUCAGUUUUUCUUCUUGAUAACAAGAAUAAAAGGUGCAUCUUACCUCUGCACAUCAGCUGGUAAGGCCAGUGGGAGGUACUGGGAUUGUGCUUUGGACUGGUUCACUAUUCAAUCUUGACAUCUGAAAGCACAAAAGGCUUUGUUGUCAUUUAAAUUCUUGCUUCUUUCACUUAACUCAUACACUUAUUCAUCAUGUAACUCAACCUCCGUCUUGUAUUUCUUUUAACUCGUGGAGCCUUAAAGCUGAGCUGAUUGUAAAGAUGUAUACAAUGUGGUUUUAAAUCUUUGCCUCUUACUAAAUAAAUGUCGGCCCAUUUUUGCUUUAUUAUGUUUGAAUAAAGAAUAUAAAAACAAUGUUGAGAAAGUGUG